AUGUCGUGGGUGGUGUGGGCGCUGAUUGGCGGCGUGGGUGUGCUGCAGCUGCCGCUGCUGGUGGACCUGGUGCUUGCGCUGGUGCCCGGUGCGCGUGGGAGCGUGCGGCGGUUAACGCAGCGAACCGUGUCUGUGGCCUUGAUUGGCAUUGUGGCUGCCGUGUGCAUUGCCGCGAUUGCCUACUACUACAUCAUCUUUCUGCCACGCGUCGCCGACACGAAGAUGGCGCGCCUGCUGCACACCACCUUCAUCACCGUCGUCUGGCUGCUCACCUUGGACAACUACGCCCACUGCUGCUUGAUUCGCCCGCCGCCGGAAGACCUGAAGCGCAGGCGUGUGCAAGGCUUCGACCACUACUGCCCCUUCACCAUGAACCUCGUGUACCAGCACAACUACCGGCUCUUCUUCCAGUUCCUCACACUCGCCACCACGGGCAUGGCCUAUGCCGCAUACGUCAGCUGGCCGCCCUUCUUCCACUGCUGGGUGCAGCCCAUCCUGGGCCAGCCUUCAGGCGCCGUACCAGCGUGCACAGAGGCCACGCACGUCAGCCUGGUGUUUGUGCCGGCGCUGCUGUUGCUGUCGGGCGUCGGCGCUCUGCUUGCCUGCCAGCUCUGGCUCUUCGCCGUGAACAAGACCACGGCAGACUUCUUCAAGGACGCGCACGAGAGGGGGCUGUACACCGCCUUCUUCCACCGCCACCCCACCAAGCCCACCAACAAACGCACCAUCCGCACCAGAGAUAGUGCCCACGCGUGCGUGUGCCAUGCCCUGACUCUAGCUAGCGCCAGUAGCUUUGUGCUGUUGUUGUUGUAUUGCUCGCUUCUUGGCCUCCAGGAAAGCCAAGUUGUCACAUUGUAA